AUGACCUUUUGGCGUCCUCAUCCUAACCCAUUAAAGUCGGACUUCAGCGCUUGGGUGGGGACUAGCAGAGCAUUCACGAUACCUACCCUUCCUUCCGGUUGGUCGUAUCAGGGAUGUUGGUAUGAGGGUAUCGGACAGAGAGGGUUGAAUGAUUCUUUUUGGGGUAAAGACUCGCAAACCGAUCUUCUAUGUAUUGAUCACUGUGCAGGGAUGGGUUUCAAAUAUGCCGGUCUUGAGAUGGGUACCCAGUGUUUCUGCGGCGACGCAUUACACAACAUGGACCUUGCUGAAGAAUCGAAUUGCAGCUACUUCUGCAAUGGUGAUGAUAAUCAACCCUGUGGUGGAUACGCAUACAUGACUUUAUUCGAACUAUCCUCUUCCUCUUCUUCAGACCAAACCUCCAGCUCGGCCUCGUCGAAAAAAUCCACAACCACCGCGGCGGCAGCUGCUACGACAAAAGCUGCUACCACCACUUCCACAUCUCCCACCUCGUCAGCAGGUACAACACCAGGUACUUCCGCAACUACGACCUCCCCCGGAUCUUCAAGUAAUAGCGCAAGUAGCACAAGUUCUUUCGCGUUGUCGUAUGUCGUAUCGAAUACUAUACCAAGUUUGAACAAUUACACAUCUAUGCCUUCCACCUUUGUAGCGGCAAGUGCAUCAAAUGCGCAGAGCGACGGAUCAGCAGCUGGUUCUCGGGUUUCGACUAAGAGCACCAACGCUCUGCCAGUUAUCGCUGCUACGGCAACUGCUAUGGGUUUUGUAGCUGCACCCACUUUGAGGGAUGCUAAGCAGGGUAUAAUGUUUGGUUAUACCCUUUCGUCUUCUUCUUCUACCUCUUUCACUACUUCGUCCUCUACUAUACUUUCCGCGAUCAUCUUCAGUUUGAUUCUUCCGCUCCUCAUUCCAUUGUGA